CGGUACGAUAGCAUGCAACUGGCAAAGAGGAAAAUUUGGUUUGAGCAAUUAUUUCUAUACUUUUCUCGUUUUUCCAAAACAGCGGAUUGAAUGAUUUACAGCACUCCGGCUCCAAGCAAGAUUCGACCAUUCGCGCUAUUCCGGUCUCCUGGAUCCAGCGUGAAAGCCACAUGCAACGGAACGUUGCCCCACGACGCUGCAACCGCCACCACCACAGCACAAUGAUGCUCUGCACAAAAAACAAAUCGGCCACUUCAAACUAGCUACAUACAAUGGAAGCGAUUAAAAACCUGUUCAAGGACAAGCUGGUGGAAGAUGCCAGAGAACCAUUUUCCACUUUUGGAAUUCCAGGUUUGGAGGGUACCUUUGCUCUCUAUUCUCCACGGUGGGAAAUGUGGAAACAGCUCAUUUUGCUGGUGACACUAUCUCAAGUGUUCCAAGUCAUUGCUGCGGUUAUUAUAUACAAGUUGAUUAUACCCAAUCGAGGUUCUGUUGGCGCAUACCUGUUGGGAUGGGGUGUCAUGAUUCCAUUGUCGUUGUGGAUACCCUUUGAAAUGCUGGAAGCGUGGGAUAUUCAAAACAAAAUUCUCAAAAUGUGUGUGACCCCUUUGCCCAUGGUCGUGGUCUUUCGUUCUAUUGAAGCCAUGUACGAUACAUCGCCUCCUGUGGUGGAAUAUUCCUUGGCCAAUUAUGUGACCUACUACACAGCUACAAUUCAUCAUGUAUGGGAUCCCAAAACUAAUGCCAGAGUCAAAGUCAACACACAACAAUUCAUUAGCAACUUUCUACGGGUUGUCUAUUACUAUCAUUGGCUGUCCCUGUCACUUUCCUUCCAAAUGCACGUUGAUUUUAAACCAUUCAAAUCGGAUCCAGUGGUUUUGGAUGAUUUCCACGUGACCAAGUUUUGGGAACUGCUACGACCAGAUCAUAUUGCCAAUGCCUACCUUCUCGUACUUCACCUCUACCUCAAUUUAUUGGUGGGUUUUGAAUUCACGAACUUUGGUGAGAACCUCAAAGGAUACUUGACCAAACCAACCUUCAAGAACCCUUUAUGGACAUCCAAAAGCCCCACUGAUUUCUGGGGACGCAAAUGGAAUCUCAUGAUUCACAACAUUCUCAAGGGUGGCGCCUUUUUGCCCGCCCGCAAAUAUGUCAGUACGCCCUUGGCAGUAAUGUGGUCCUUUAUCUGUUCCGGGCUGAUUCAUGAUUACGUGUGGGCGGCGAUAUUUUAUCAUCAUGGACACGAAAAGGAUCCCGAGACUGGAAUUUGCAAGGAUUGUUUCAGUCCCACACCUCUCAAAUUGACGGCCUUUUUUGUGUGGAAUGCCAUGAUGAUGCUGCUUGAGAGACCUGUGAGCAAGUGGCCACCCAUGCAGUGGAUGGCCAACAAUCUGCCGCUCGCCAUCGUAUCUACUCUUGUGGGUUUGACGGCAUUGCCAGUCACACAUUGGUAUACAGGAGAUUGGGUGGUAGGCGGGUACUUUGCAGACUUUGCCGUGGCUUUGUGGACCAUCAAAAAGCUAUGAUAAAUGUGUCUGUCCACAGCUACUAUGACAAAGUCUAUUAUGCAUGAAACUAACUGUAAUCUCCACAAUAUAAUACAAAGCGUGGUACAUUUAAGAGCCAAACUUAUCGUCA